ACACUAAUACCAGUAAUAAUAUAAUUGAUUCUAAUCAAGAUAAUUUAGCAGGAACUGAUAAAUAUCAAGACAUUAAUACUAUAAAUAAUGUAAUUAAUUCUAGUCAAGAUAAUUCAGAAGAAACUGAUAAACAUCAAGAUACUAAUACCAGAGAUAAUGUUCAAGAUAAUUUGAAAGGAACUAAUGAAUACCAAGACACUAAUACUAGUAAUCAUGUAAUUAAUUCUGAUCAAGAUAAUUUAGAACACCAAGACACCAACACUAGUAAUAGUGUAAUUAAUUCUAAUCAAGAUAAUUUAGGAGAAACUGAUGAACGAAACUAG